GCAAAACAAAAACACAGAAACCCCUUCAGCUUGUAAUAGGCACUUUAACUCCAACAUCUGUUUUUCUAUCGUGGGGGAUAUUAGUCAAUCCAAAGCAUGAUUGGACCACAAUGAAUAACUGUCCAAACGACAGAUUUUAUACAGUGCGCUACAGAGAAAAGGACAAGAAAGACAAAUGGAUCCUGCAGCUUUGUCCAACUACAGAAACAGUGGUGGAUAAUUUGAAACCCAACACUAUUUAUGAAUUUGGGGUGAAAGACAAUACAGAUGAUGGGAUAUGGAAUAAGAGUUUCAUUUACAAAAUGGUUAUACCUGGUAAGAUUUUUAUACCAGAUUCAAAAGCUUUUAUUCCAGUUAAAGUAAUCAAACAAGUUCUUCAAAAUAUUACACAUCGGACACAGUCUGAAAUUCUAAAGAAGUCUCCUUUAUCAGGACCAAUAAUAGUGCACCUUAUUGUUCCUGAUUUCAAUGCAACAAAACAGAAACCGGCAUCUUCGCCAAGGUUGGAUAUAUUUGAAAAACCAAAACAAAGUGUAGCUCACACCGAAACUGAACUGGAAUCUUCAAAACCUAGCAAAUCUCCUAUGAGUGAAAUGCCACUUGACACAUUGGAUCUGCACAAGUUUCUAGGACUUCCAAAAGCAAGACCAUCUCUUAUGCCUCAAGUGCACACAGAACCAUCAGUUUCAAAGAAAAUACAGCCAGUUCCUUUAGAACUCAAAACACCUGUUCCAAAGACUAUACAGACAAAAUCAGCUGCUAUUGCAGUAAUUUUACAAGAGAACUUUGUAAAAGGUGGAAUUUUGCCACCUAGCAAAGGAAUGUUUCUUAUGAACCAAGCCCUGCUCCAUCAAAAUUUAAAGAAUCUGACUACAUCACUGCAGAAGUACCAGGCAGGCAACAUGUUUCUUAUGAAUCAAGCCCUGUUCCACCAAAAAUUAAGGAAUCUGGCUACAUCAUUGCAGAAGUACCAGACAGGAAAAAUGAUUCUUAUAAACCAAGCCCGGUUCCGCCAAAGUAUCAAGAACCCAACAACAUCAAGUCUGCACUACCAGACAAGAAACAUGUUUCAACUGUGGAUGAUAAAUAUCUUCCUAAAGUCUUGA